AUGGUCCAGGUGAAAAAUGUUGUAGUUGCUUAUGUGUCAAUAUUGCAACAUCUUAUUCAACAUUCUGUUACUAUGGAAACACUGCAAUUUGAUAAAGAACCAGCAAAAGAAAGAAAUCAGUCAGAAGAAGAAAAUGAUGCUAAUUUGAAUUUUAUGGAAAUCAUUUUAACCCACCCGAUUAUUUUUGAGUGGUUUCUUCUGUCUUCAGAUUCUAAAACCACAUUGAAAAUUGUGUUGAUAGAUGAUGAAAAGAAAACCACUGUAUGUGGGAAAGCUUUACUACAGAUAAUGGAAUCACAAGUCCCAUCUAAGGAAACUUUUCAGCAAUUGGUUCAGAUGAUGCAGCUUGCUGGUUGCCAUGACAUUGACGUAAUUUUGCUGAGACUGUUAAAAGAUAAUCUCACAUAUGUUGUUUAUACCACCAUGGAAACACUGCAAUAUUGUUUGGAUAAUCCAUCAAAGAUCAGAAUUGAAAUUUCUAAGGUGUUAGUUACUCACAGUAUAGCACAUCAACUACAGUUUGAGGAAUGGUGCCAAAGAAAACGUAAUCUCAAGUUGCUUAGCAACAACAAGAGUGUAUAUCUUCCAGUCAUCAGUGUCUACUUGAAGAAGUUUAAACUUGUUGCAAAUGGUGUACAGUCAAAAAAUGCAUUGGAAUCUUUGCGUUGUGCCUUAUUGCCAUGGUUACUAGAAGGACGAGACAACGAGGUAGAGGAAAGUCUUCAGUUCUCAGUUUGGUGUGAAUUGAUAACUGGAUAUCAAGAUAUCGGUAACAAAUAUGAACAGCUUAUAUGUAAAGUAACUGAACACAGCCAAACAUGGAACAGAUACCAGGCUGAAGGAUGCCUAAGAAUGAUGCAGAUAUUACACACAGAUGAGAACGAUGAAUAUAAGAUGAGUUAUAUAAAGAGUUCUCUGCAAUGUUUAAAUCUUCUACAUAAAGAUGCACUACAGAUACAGUUGGAACACUUUCUGAACAGAUCAGUGAUUUCUGUUGCCAUGACACUUUCAUCAUUACCGUCCACAACUGGGUUCGCACCAGUCUGGAAUCGAUACGUCAAGACAGGACUGAAAAACAGAUAUGAAAAUAGUGAUUUCUUGAGAUGCCUGUCAAGACUGCUACCAAAAGUAUAUGGAUCUAUUACUAUAGAGGGCGCUGUUCACCUUUCGACCAUCUACCAAAUGGUCAUCAGUCAUUCUAGGUUCUUAGCAACCAUGAUGAGCAAAGAGGACACAAAUGACAAACAAACAAAUAAAGAACUUCUUGUAGUUUUAUUGUUAACGAUGGCAAAAUUAAAACCUGUGGAUUGCUGCAAUACUUCACACUUCACUGUGUUACUUGCUGCUUAUGGAUGCACACUAAGUAAAAUAGACCAAUUAAUAUUACAACUUAUGAAUAUUUAUGAGGCCAAUAAUGCUGUCAUGUGGCAAUACAGGCCAUAUAUGUGGGGAGCUUCUGCAAUGGAACAACACAGAAAACAACACCAGUUUGGUUCAUCAUUGAGAAACGUUCUUGGUAUGAAGGAUAUAUUACAGUUAUUGGACAAAGAUAAAAUGCAACAAACAGUUCUAAAAUUUCCACUUAAAAGGAGACUUCAGCUUAGUUUACAAGACAGUAUAACCACAGAUAAUCCGUCCAUCUAUGACCCAUGUUUUCUUCUGCCAUUAUUCAGUCAUUUAAUGACACCUGCUUCUGUUGUUGGUGUUAGACUGUUUGUUGAGUUUCAUGGUCUGGGGUUAGUAAUAAGUGCAUUAAGCAGUGUUGACAGUAACAUGAGAGCGGCUGCGUAUCUUGUGUUAACUGACUUCUGUCAACAUUUGGAAGGAGCAAUAUUCAAGGAAAAGAAACAAUUUCUUUAUCUAAUGGAAUGCUUGAAGAAUUCAGUAACUGAGCCAAAUAUGCGGAUAUCUAAUAUUAUUACGACAUUUAUCGGCAAAGUUCUACAGAUUCUCUUUGUACCAGAAGAUACAAUGUAUCCCAUGGUUCAACGAUUUCUGUUGAUGAAACCUGAACUUAACCUUCAAACUGUCCCACAAUUCCAAAGAUUGUUCGCUAGUUCUGACUUUGAGUUCAAACGUCAACAUGAAUGGAUAUUAAAGAUAUGUCAGGACGGUUUACGAGAUCAAUUAGAUUUCUACAUUUGUAACAAGAAAUGUUUUGUCUUCAAACAAAUCAUGUCACUCUUCAGUUCUGCCACUUGUGAUAAAGUAACCAAGAUUCAAAUUCUUGAUAUCAUCAAAUCAGCUGUUACAAUCAGAGGAGGAGCUGUGGAGCUUGGUAGAUACCAUGGAUUGUUGCCAUGGUUACACUCUAUUAUUAUUACAAGUGAUAAUGAUGUGUUAGAAUCAGUUGUGAACACAGUGAACACAAUGUGGAUGACCUUAUCAGCUCCCAAAUUGCAGUACACCAAGUCAGAUGUUGAUAACAAACCACAGAGUUUGGUUUCUAUGCGUACUAUUAUUGGUGUGUUUAUUAUAUGUGAUGCUGUACUCAACAAGCUAGAGUUGAAAAUUCCUGCCUCAUUCCUAAAGCUGAUUCUGCAGCUCAUUGAAUCUGUGACGACUUACCAACACACAACCUAUGGCAAAACUCCAUCCAGUGAUCGUAUUCUCUCUGUUAUGUGUAAAUAUGGCCAAACAUUCCAUGAUGUUGUUGUCCUUGCAAACCUAUCAUUCAAAAGAUCCAAUGACACAGUGGUUGCCGCAGCAACUCCGCAAAGGAGAAAUACUGAUGUGGAAGUCGACGAUGAUAUAAAAUUUGAGUGUUUGAGAUUGCUACUUAGUAUCUUGCGAAACACACAAGUACAAGAUAUGGACUGCGAGACCCUACUGUUUGUCCUUGUGUGGUCACUCAGGAAGGUUCUCGACUCUACAGAUGUCAGCAUUGAAUGCAUCCAUAAUCAUGUACUAUGGGUGUGUAAUAGUGUUAUUGACAACAAAUCAAUUGGAUAUUCUGUGGUGACAUCUAGAGGAUGGUUAGAUUCGGUUACUGGGAUUGGAGAGUCGGUAAUUACGGAUAAAAUUGAUGGAUCUCAUCUCCUUAAUCUUCUUCUUAGUAUAUAUCCAGUUGUACAUCAAAUGUUUGUCGAUUCUGAGCUCACCUUGCUUCAGGAUGGAGGCACUACAGAGCUGUCUGAUGUAAAACAAACACAGACACACAAUGUGGAAUUCUACAUUAACACACUCGAACAGUUGAAUAAAAUAUUCCAGAGUUUUACCAAAAUAUCAAUUCUAUGCUGCACUAAUGAUUCAGAACGAGCUCACAAGAUAUCCGUCUUCGAUAGCGCUGUGAAUGCAGCAUCCGAAUUGGAGCUGAAUACUGAAAUGCAAGCUGUUUGUUGGCAAGAAUUCUUGUUUGGGAAGAAUGAGCCGGAUCAUUUUAGGAAAACUAAACAGAAACUUGAGAUGACGACAGUGAAAACUAAGAAGAAAAGUAAAAAAAGAAAAAGCACAUCAUCAUAUGAGUAGUAGUUAUAGCAAUGGCCAUUGCUUACAUAGUGAAUUCAGAAACAAAAUUUUUACACAAUCCUAAACCAAUAAAAUUAACAAGAUUUGUAUCACGCUUCUAUUUGUAGCUAUCAUCACUUUAUUGUAGCUACUAGUAUCAUCCCUCUGUCUGUAGUUUUAACUUCUCCAUUUGUAGCUAUUACCCAUUUAUUUGUAGCUAUCACCCCUCUUUUUUGUAGAUUUAAUCCUUUUAUUUCUGGAUAUUACCCCUCUAUUUCUGUAGUUUUAACUUCUCCAUUUGUAGCUAUUACCC